AGAUAAUUCAUUGGUUUGAUACAAUUGAAUCUUCUCUUCCAUCUCUUUUCCUUCCAUUGAAUCAAAAUGUCUGAUUAUACUAAAACCGCCAUUUUAUCUGUUUACGAUAAAACUGGUUUAUUAGAUUUAGCUAAAGGCUUGGUUGCUCAAAAUGUUCGUAUUUUAGCUUCUGGUGGUACUGCUAGAAUGGUUCGUGAUGCUGGAUUCCCAGUUGAAGAUGUUUCGACCAUCACCCAUGCUCCCGAAAUGUUGGGUGGUAGAGUUAAAACUUUACAUCCUGCUGUUCACGGGGGGAUUUUAGCUAGAAAUCAAAAAUCUGAUGAAGAUGAUUUAACUGCUCAAGGUAUUUCUAAAGUUGAUUACGUUGUUUGUAACUUAUAUCCUUUCAAGGAAACCGUUUCUAAAGUUGCCGUUACUAUUGAUGAAGCUGUAGAAGAAAUUGACAUUGGUGGGGUUACCUUAUUAAGAGCUGCUGCCAAAAAUCACGCUAGAGUCACUAUUUUAUCUGAUCCAAAAGAUUACGCUGGUUUCUUACAAGAAUUAAAAUCAGGGGAAAUCUCUGCUGAAGCUAGAAAUAGAUACGCUUUAAAAGCUUUUGAACAUACUGCUGAUUAUGAUGUUGCUAUUUCUGAUUUUUUCAGAAAACAAUAUUCAGAAAAUAUCUCUCAAUUACCUUUAAGAUAUGGGGCUAAUCCUCAUCAAAAACCUGCUCAAGCUUUUGUUCCUCAAGGUGAAUUACCUUUUAAAGUUUUGGGGGGUUCUCCAGGUUAUAUUAACUUAUUAGAUGCUUUAAAUUCUUGGCCUUUAGUUAAAGAAUUAUCUGCUUCUUUAAAUUUACCUGCUGCUGCUUCCUUUAAGCAUGUUUCUCCUGCUGGUGCAGCUGUUGGUUUACCUUUAUCUGAUGUUGAAAAACAAAUUUAUUUUGUCCAAGAUAUUGAAAAUUUAUCUCCUUUAGCUAAUGCUUAUGCUAGAGCUAGGGGUGCUGAUAGAAUGUCUUCUUUUGGUGAUUGGGUUGCUUUAUCCAAUAUUGUUGAUUUACCAACUGCUCAAAUCAUUUCAAAAGAAGUUUCUGAUGGGGUUAUUGCUCCAGGUUAUUCUGAUGAAGCUUUGGCUAUUUUAAGAAAAAAGAAAGGUGGUAAAUAUUGCAUUUUACAAAUUGAUCCAAAUUUCAAUCCUGAACCUUUAGAAUCAAGACAAGUUUAUGGUAUCACUUUACAACAAAAACGUAAUGAUGCCAUUAUUAAAGGCUCUUCUUUUAAAGAAUUUGUUUCUCAAAAUAAAAAUUUAACUGAACAAGGUGCUAUUGACUUAACUGUUGCCACCAUUGCAUUGAAAUAUACUCAAUCUAAUUCUGUUUGUUAUGCUAAAAAUGGUAUGGUUAUUGGUUUAGGUGCUGGUCAACAAUCUCGUAUCCACUGUACCAGAUUAGCUGGUGAUAAAGCCGAUAACUGGUGGUUUAGACAACAUCCAAGAGUCUUGGGUUUCAAAUGGGCUAAAGGUGUUAAAAGACCAGAAAAAUCUAACGCUAUCGAUUUAUUUGUCACUGGUCAAAUUCCAACCACUGAACCAGAAAAAUCUGAAUAUGAAUCUAAAUUUGCAGAAUUACCUGAACCUUUCACUAAAGCCGAAAGAGAUGAAUGGUCUGCUAAAUUAAAUGAUGUUGCUUUGUCUUCUGAUGCUUUCUUCCCAUUCCCUGAUAACGUUUACAGAGCUGUUAGAUCCGGGGUUAAAUUCAUCGCCGCUCCUUCUGGUUCUGUCAUGGAUAAAGCCGUCUUUGGUGCUGCCGAUUCCCAUGAUCUCGUCUACGUCGAAAAUCCAAUCCGUUUAUUCCAUCACUAGAAUUCUUAUUUCCAUUCUUCAUUAUGUUUUUUACUUGUUUGACUUUUCAUUUCAUGUUUUCCCCUAUUAUCCUCCCUCAUCACUUUCCCCCUUACUCCUUCAUCUCAUCAUCCCACUAAAU